AUGUCCGACGCCCCUUCAGCUCUCGGUACCGGCGGCGUCGCGUCGCGCUUCGUCUCGUCGGCGGCCCUCGAGGAGGCCAAGCAGCGCCGCGAGGCCGAGUUCAAGGCCGCGUACGCGCGCAUCGGCGAGGAGCCCCCCAAGCAGGAGGACGACGGCACGUACGACCCGAGGAGCCUGUUCGAGAAGCUGCAGGAGAACAAGAGCAAGAAGCAAGAAGCGUUCGAGGAGCAGCUCAAGUUCAAGAACCACUUUCGCGCGCUCGACGAGGACGAGAUCUCGUUCCUCGACAGCAUGAUCGAGGACACGAACGAGGAGGAGCGCGAGAAGAAGCGCCUCGAGCUCGAGGAGCUCAAGGGGUUCAGGGCCGCCGUCCACAAGCGCGUCGCGCCCGCACCCCCACCCGCCGCCGCCGCCCUCUCGCUCUCGCCUCCCCUCCCCGCCGCGUCCACCUCGGCCCUGCCGCCCACCGCAUCCGCCCCGACCUCCACCUCGACUUCCGCGAGCGUCGCUGCGCCGAAACCCGCCGCGACGGUGCCCAAGAAGGGCAAGCGCAAGACGCUCCCGGGCCUCGUCGUCAAGAAGAAGCCGGCCGCCGCCACGCCUUCCGCCGCCGCACCGGCUUCGGCCGGUCAGAAUGGCGACGCGACUGCAGCUGCGUCGACGGGCGGCGCAGGACCGGCCAAGGAGGAGGCGGGUUCGGCGGGCUCGAGCGCGGCCGCGAGCGCAGGGAGCAAGCGGGGCGUGGGCGACCGUGCCGGGCCUGGAUCGGCGGCGAAGGAGGAGGGUGCGACGGCGGCGGGCGCAGAACGAGAGGGAGACGGCGAGGGCGCGGCGAAGAAGCGCAGGGUUGACGAGGGCGCGGCGUAG